AUGGGGCGAGUUCGUACCAAAACAGUCAAGAAAUCCUCCCGUCAAGUCAUCGAGAGGUACUAUUCUCGAAUGACACUCGAUUUCCACACCAACAAGAAGAUUCUAGAGGAGGUUGCUCUGAUCCCAACCAAGAGGCUCCGAAACAAGAUUGCAGGGUUCUCCACUCACCUUAUGAAGCGUAUCCAGAAAGGACCGGUUCGUGGAAUCUCCCUGAAGCUGCAGGAGGAGGAGCGUGAACGUCGUAUGGACUUUGUUCCUGAUGUGUCUGCCAUUAGGACUGAUCAGAUCGAAGUCGAUAAGGAAACUCUUGAAAUGCUUGCCGCACUUGGUAUGUCUGAGAUUCCUGGCGUGGUUCAGGUUGAUCCGGUUGCGGUUCAGCCGAUUCCCUUCGGUCGCGGCGGCGGUGCUGGUGCUGCUGGAAGGAGGUUUUAA